AGAUUUCUAAAACUCCUUUUUUAUUAAAGAUUUAUAAAACCCUUAUAUUGCAUCUACACAGGAUGCUCCCCUUAUACUUUACAAGGAUUGAAGAAAAAACCUGGAUAGCAUUAUAUGCCCAUCUCUACUCUGAUCUUUGCCUUGUAAUUACAGCAUAUCCUCCAGGUCACAACACUGGGUGCAGACACAGAGAUUUACUGUUUGCAAACUCAGCUCUUCAUAGUUGUGAGCAAAUGCUCUUCCCCCUGCCCCCCUCACAGUUUUAGGGAGAUUUUGAGUCUUUCCCCUUUUGCUCUAAAUAUUGCAGACAAAUCAUUUGCUCCAAUUAGUGCUGAUAUUAGUGUUUAUUUCUCUAAGUAAAAAGCACAACGUUGGGAGUCUCUUACUUUGUUGGAAAUCCAUCCUUCUUAGUUACUUUUUUGUUAGAGAGUCCUCAUGAUUUCUCUCUGUCUGUCUCUUUCUCCUCCUCUUUCCAUUCUCAAAUUACAUUCAAUACAAUUCCAGUAUAGGAGUUCUUCAAAAAUCCCUUGCUUGGUUUCCAUCCCUUCAGAAGAGAUUUCAAUGCAACUCAUCCAGCCUUGCUGUUGCACAGGACUCAGUUAAGUGGAUUGUCAAGUUGGAAAAAACCCACAAUAACUCAUCAGAAGAUGUUUCCCGUUUUUCAAUAUCCGCCUUUAAGACUAAUAACCCAAAACAGUCUUUCUAGCAUGUGUUUAAAACUCACGUUUUCAAGACCUGUUGCAUUUGCACAAAUAUGGAAAUCAUGGUUCUCAAGUCAUUCUCUUCUUGGAAAGAAAAAUAUUAUCCUGAUGGGACCUCCAGGUGCUGGGAAAACAACGACUGGGAGAAUAGUGGGCCAGAAACUGGAUUGCCCUGUCAUAGACAUAGAUGAUGAUGUCCUUGAAACAACCUGGAAUAUGAGCGUGUCACAAAAAAUGCAGGACGUGGGUUAUGAGGAAUUUCUAGAGGAGGAAGGAAAAGCCCUGUUGAAGUUCUCAGCAUCUGGAAGUGUCAUUUCCCUUAGUGGAUCCAAUCCAAUGCAUGCUGCUGGCAUGCAGCACAUAAAGAAGAAUGGAAUAAUUGUGUAUCUGGAUGUGCCCACAUCAGUCAUUAUGAGCAGGCUGAAAUCAAAGCAGAUGGAUCGUAUCGUGGGGCUGUCUCCUGGUGUUUCUCUCAAAGAUGUGCUCCAGUUUAGGAAGCAGUUCUACAAAAGGUGGUUUGACAUCCGUGUUCUUUGUGGCGGGGAUGUUGCUGCAGAGGUCGUGGCAGAAAAGGUACUUGAUGCUGUGAAGAGAUACCAAGACUCAGAACUGGAAACUUUCAUUUCAACAAGGUCUAGUAGGUCUGGAAGGAGUACAGAAGAAGACUCUAAUAAAUUCUAUUUCAGUGAUGUUGUUAUUCAGGGCUUAGCCCUUGAUGGGGGACUCUUUGUUCCUGAGAGAGGACUUCCAAAAUUCACUGCUGAAGAAUGGCAAGGUCUGAUAGAAGCAACUUACGUUGAAAGAGCCCAGGUGAUACUAGAAAGAUGCAUACAUCCUGCUGAUAUUCCUGCUUCUAGGCUGGCAGAAAUUGUUGAAACUGCUUAUGGAGAAAACUUCAGUUGUUCUAAAGUUGCUCCAGUUAGGCAUCUGGCAGGCAAUCAGUUCCUCCUUGAGUUAUUUCAUGGACCAACAGCAUCAUUUAAAGAUUUUGCAUUACAGUUGAUGCCACAUUUAUUUGCCUACUGCAUUCCCAGAAGCUGCAAUUACUUGAUUCUGGUAGCUACUUCUGGGGACACGGGGAGUGCUGUUCUGGAUGGCUUUAGUCGUCUCCAUGACACUGACAAACAGAGAAUUGCUCUGAUGAAUUUUUUUCCUGAGGAUGGAGUAAGCCCAAUUCAAAAAUCACAAAUGAUUGCCUGUCAGAAGGAAAAUGCUUGGUCAGUGGGUGUCAAAUCAGAUUUUGAUUUUUGCCAGACAGCUAUAAAACAAAUCUUUACUAAUUCUGAUUUUACUGGCUUUCUUACAGUAGAAUAUGGAACAGCUUUAGCUGCAGCAAACUCCAUAAACUGGGCACGACUGCUUCCUCAGAUAGUUUAUCAUGCCUCUGCGUACCUUGAUCUCGUUCAUCAGGGUAUUAUUUCUUUUGGAAGCCCUGUAGAUAUUUGCAUUCCUACGGGAAACUUUGGCAACAUCUUAGCUGCUUUCUAUGCUAAAAUGAUGGGAAUUCCUAUCAGGAAAUGUAUUUGUGCUUCCAAUGAAAACAAUGUUUUGACUGAAUUCAUAAGAACAGGUGUUUAUGAUUUGAGGGGAAGAAAAUUAAUUUCCAGUUUUUCACCAGCAGUAGAUAUUUUGAAGUCCUCCAAUCUUGAGCGAUACUUACACCUGAUUGCUAAUGAAGAUGGACAACUGGUGACACAAUUAUUUAAUCAGCUGGAAAAUCAAGGCCACUUCCAGCUGCAGAAAGAUCUACUUGGAAAGCUUCAGCAGGACUUAGUGGCUGGCUGGUGCUCUGAUGAGGACUGUCUGGCUGCCAUUCACUCUGUGUACAGUACUACAGGAUAUAUUUUGGAUACACACACAGCUGUUGCUAAAGUAGUUGCAGAUCGAUUACAAGAUAGAACUUGCCCAAUUAUUAUUUCAUCUACAGCUCAUUAUUCUAAGUUUGCACCUGCUAUCUUGAGGGCCUUGAGGAUUGCAGAAAUAAAUCAGAAUCCAUUAAGUCAGCUUCACUUGCUGAGUUCUUACAGCGCUCUGCCUCCAAUCCACUGGGGCCUAUUGGAGACCCUGAAAAAGACAGGAAAUGGGGAUCACCAGGUCUGUGCUGCUGAUAUGAGUGUGCUGAUGUCCCAUAUAGAAACCUUAAUUCAAAAUCAUUUUAUGAAAGUUUUUUGAGCAACUGAUCCAAUGAACACAAUUGCAAUACCUUCUUAACAAGCUGCAUGCUUUAUGAAAGCCAUCAUUCAUCUGGCCUGUGUCCAGUCCACAGCACAUCUCACAGUUUUAUAUUCAGUUGUCAAGCUUUCAACAGUAUUUGUAAGUAACAUGUGUGAGAUUUCUAGUGGCAGUGAAAGGUUGUGAAUCUAGAGUGUAAAAAACUGGAAUACCACUUUGCAAAUCAUACACAGCAGAGAUGCCAGCACUGCUGGCUCUCCUUGGCAGUGCUGAAGCAUCCUCAAUGGAAAGAGACAGAUAAUGAAGUCUGACCUUUCUGGAACUAAUAGCUCUGCUUUUGUUGCAACAAUGAUGUGAACCUUUGGUCAGUGGAGGUUUAAUUAAACUUUAACUCAUUUCACUUAGGGCACUGAAACAUAAUGAUAUAAUGGUGUUCAUAUGUUACUAAUGAGAGUUGAUUUCACUACAAAGAUUAAAAUACCCUUGUAUUGUUAAUCCUUGAACCAUUGAAUUUUGUGAUAUAUUACCUUCUUGUAUAAUGUUUUUUAUGUAUUGUGUUGCCAGUGUCUAAAUAUAAAAUCUGGUAAUUUUGUUUUUAAUGUUUUUUUUUUUUUCACAAAUAUUUUCCUGUGUCAAAUAGAAUGCCUAAUUAAAUAUUUUUAAUAUAUUUGAGGUGUGCCUCUUUCUCUAAUGUCUUGUAGUCUCUUUCCUAGACAUUUUUUAUUUGAACUUUCAACUUUAAAAUCCUUUUUUAGUACUAUAGAAGAAUCUGAUAGUGGUAACAGCUGUCUUCUUAAAUAAGAAACAGACUUCACUAUUUAUUUAAAUAUAUUUUUUUUGUAUUAUGUUUUAUCUUGGAGAUCAUAUAGCUUUUCUUGUUCUAAUUACUUAUGUUUUCAUAUUUUUCUUAAGUUAAUUUCCUUGAUGUUCUAUUCUAUUUGAGCUCUGCAUGAAUUAAUGUAAGAAAGAAGCUUCCCAAAUUACUUGGCAUCUCAUCAAGGAAAGUGAAGGAUGAAUUCCAGUCUGAUAGCAUCAGAAGUGUUCAUUAUGUAACCCAAAAUACAUCUGUGUGGUUUUGCUAAUGACAGGCACUUUGCUGUUUGUUUUUUUUUUUUUUUUUUUCUGAAGAAAAAUUAGACUGGAUUGUCCUAGGAGAUCAUGUGGUUGUGGACAAAUGUAUUCUACUAAUUGAAGAUUAUAUUUCACAAGGACAUAAACUACAUUUCAUACUAUGAGAAAUGGUAAAAUGAUGUAUUGAAAGGUUUAAGUGGCAUGCAGUUAGAGGUAAAGAGCUAAGAGUCUUCAGAUGUAAGGACAUAUAGCUAUGGGAAGUUGUGUUUCCCACUAAGAUUCAAAUAAUCUGGUAAUUGAUAACCUUUUUUUGCCUCUUCAAUAGGCAACAUUUCCUACAUGUCAGGAUUCACUUGAGGCUUUGAACUGUUGUCAUAUCUGACAGCUUCCUCUGUGUGCCUGCUUGUACUUUUUGCCACACUAGAAGUGAACAAGACACCAUCUAGCAAACUGUUUUAAAGAAUUGUCUUUUUUUUCCAGCUGAAGGUAAAAGUCCCCAGCACGAUGUGCCUUUGCCACAGUGAAUAUGUACAGAGUGUUAUUAAAUGUAGCUGAGAACAGGGGUGUGACACAGUAGCUUUCUAGAUUCCCCCAUUCUUAGAUACUUUUUUAGGACCUUUGUAGUUUUUCGCUAAAACCUUUUUCACUAUUUCUGCAGUAACUUUGAAAAAUAACUUUUUGUUUUUAUGGAAUUGUGAACAGACCAGGUUGGAAGUGACCUGAAUAAGUCAUCUGGGCCAACCUUUUGUGACAAAGGGAGCCCAGAUGAGAUUAUCUGACAUCCUCUCUGGUUAUGUCAUAAAAACUUCCAGCAAUGGAGACUCUCCCACAUCCCUGGGAUAUUGUUCCAGUGUUCUCACUGUAAAAAUUUCUUUCUUAUACAAAAAUGAACCCUCUCCUGGUGCAACCUUCUCCUCUGCCCCUUGUCAUUUCCAUAUGGCUCCUUGUGAAGAGAGAACCUCCAAUCUCUUCCUAACCACCACUGAAGUAUUGGAUAACUGUGCUGAAGUGCCCACUGAACCUCCUGUAGUAUGAAAAGAUCAGACUCAAUGUCCUCAUAGGGCAGGGGAAUUUUCAUCAUUUUCCAAAUACAACAUGGAAAAGACCAUGAUUAUGUAAUUUAAAAAAAAUCCAAGUCCUUACAUAAGCACAUUGCCAAGAAAGGAGCACUGCUUGUAUCAGUGAUGAGUGAGCAUCCACCUUGUAUUUCUCUGUUUCAAUUUGAUUCUUACAGUAAUUCCAAGUGGGAAAAAAUUUAAUGCUUUCUCUAGACAUGCUCAGUACAAACCCAGAAUUCUAAACCUUGAAAAUAAAAACCCAAAACCAAACAAACCCAACUGCCUGGACUGAAUUACUGGGACAGGGCUUGGUUUCAGCAUAAGGACUCUGUGGAAAUCCUGCAGUACUUGGUUCCAUGGGGCUUAUUGCCAUUUAAAUCACAGGGCUGUUUGUCACAAACUGUUACAAUACUUUAGAGAAACAUCUUCAAAGAGCUUGUUUUUGUAGAAGAAAGGGAAGAGCUGAGAUUCUAAACAAGAUAAGACUAGAAGCCAACAUCCUACCCUGAGAUAACUCAGUGUUAGAUAAACUGGUCAGAGCUAAACUAGCAGGAGAUUUAUUUUGGCAUGACUAAAUUAUUUUAAAGUUUGUGGCAGUAGCCCAAGCAUGGUUUGAAUUUCUGGUUGCUGCUUUCCUAUCACAUGAGCCAUUAUAGCAGUCAAUAUAAACUAAAUAAGUAAAAAAAUGAGCACUUGUACUUAGGUAAGGGCUUUCACUGGGGACUUAGAGUGUCCAAGGGCAGUGGUUAAUGAACACAUACAAUAUUAAUAUAUUUCUCAGAAUGCCUAAAGGCUUUUACAAUAUAGUAUUUACUAAUUUUAAAAAAUAAUUAUUUUUUGGACUUCAUUAACUUCAGUGAACUAUUUUCCUGCACUACAUCUUCUUGUGGAUCCUAGUAAUGAACAUUAUAAAAUGUUGCAGUAGUGUUGUGAUCCUGGAUGUACACAGUAUUUGAGCUGGUGCUAAUGCUGUGUUCUGGUAGCUGUGGUGUACAAUCUUCUGUCCUGCAGGGCCUGCAGCAAUGGAAGAGAAAAAAAUUUCCAGCAUGCUCAGAAUAGCUGGCUGUGGGUACAGAGGAUAGUGAGGGAAGCAAUCCUCCUUUCUUCCUAGCCCAGAUUUUCUUAGUGUCAGUGAUAUACUAUGGCUCAGCAAAUCUUGUGCUACUGAUAUGGUCCUCUUUUCCCCCACUGUCAGAAUUAUGAAAGAUUCAGAAGGCAUUAAAGACUCUGCAUAAGUGCCCUUUUUUUCAUCCUGUGUGUUGAGAGUGCAGACACUGUGCACCCUGGAUGCUGUCAUACAUUAUUUCCUAUUAACUUAUUAAGGCAAAGUAGUGUGCCAAUGGUACAGAAGAGCAAAUCUACAUUGUGCUGGUUAGUAAGAUUCCUUAAGCCAUUUAGGUUUGCUGUAUACACAGUUUGCUCCUAUUAGUCUAGCAGGAUGUUGCAGUAUCAAUCAAUAAAAUCCAGGUUGACAGAGAGUGUGAGCGUGCAGAUCUACACAUUUCCACUUGCUUUGUUGACCCAGAGUAAAAGCAUUGCUUUAGUUAAGCUGGUAUUCUUCUGUAAAUAUAAAUCUUGGCUGAACACUUCCUACUAUAUGAAAAACCUCAGGGACAAAUUUAACAAAUGUAAGGAGAGACACAACAUAUAUAUUUACACUUUUUAUUAUAAGAAUAUUUAUGUGGAAAAUACUUUGUUUUGUUUACAGAUGUACCAGGUGCUCAUUACUUGCCUUUAGUCACAGCCCUUCUUGUCAGGGAGAAGACAUGAGGUAAAGGAUGAAUAGAACAUCAGAAGAUAAUUCGGUUUUCUUAGUAUUUUAUGAUAUAAAAAGAAUUGCUAUUUACACUUUUGAGAUGAUGAAAAAUUUUAUCUGAUGGAACUCUAGAGGGAAGAUUCUUGUUGUUCAAAAGGUCAGCUUUGCUUUCAAGGACAUCAAGAACAGAUAUUGCUAAUAAGUGUAUCAUAUUUGGCAUACCUGAAAUACACAUUACUCAUUUGUAUCCACUGUAUUUUUUCCUAAAUAAACACUGCAAGAUUUAUAUAGCACUAUAGCUCUUUGUUUGCAAAUAUGUUUGAAAGUUCUUACCAAUCUGCUAUAAAGAAAAUCCACUAAAAUAAGUGGUUUCAGAGUUUGAUAUUUUUAAGUCUUGAAAGAUGUGUUUCCUUGAAAGUUGGGGUAUAGUUGGUGAUAAUCUAGUAAUUCACUUUGCUGAGACUAAGAUUUUAGUGUGAUAAUGUGCAUCAUUCUGGAAGGAGCGAUGUAUAAAAAAGGAAACACAGAUCAAAUCAGCAAAUGUCUAAAGACUGUUUACAUUGCACCACAGACUUGUCCAGUGCUGCAUGAAAGGCCUGUAUUCUGAGGAUUAGUAUGGAAAAGGAAAUCUCUGAUAGUUUAAUGUUUUUUGUUCAUGUUUAGUUCUGUGGAGAGAUGAGCUAGUUGUCUGUUAGCUGAUGUGGAGCAACUUUGGUACACUGCUAACAUCAUUUCAGGAUCAUGGGCUUAAAAAUUACUUGAAUGGUUGAAACCACAAUGAGCAGUUAAUGUCAGUGAAUUAAUGUGAGUGGGCCAUUGAUUCUGAAAUGUAUUAGCAGCUUAAGGAGGAUUUAAAUGUCACUGUGUUUUCACAGCAGCUACAAAUGUGCUCAGCUUGUUUCUUCAGAUUUUUUCA